AAGCCCCCAGAAUGUCAGCAGGCCAGGCUAUCCUGCACUGCUCCUGGUCUCUGUUCUGGGUCUGAUCCUACCAUCACCUGGAUGUGGAGAGGAGCAGGAGAGAACACACACCUCACAGGUAACAUCACUGCUGUCAAGACUGAGCAUGUGACUGAUGUCACACGGAGACACAGCUCAACUUUGACCUUUAACCCUUCAGCUGAACACCACGACACAUCACCUCACCUGUACGGUCAGCUUCACAGGCAGCGGGACUACAAAGCAGACAGUGACUCUGAAUGUGACCUAUGUGAAGAAACCUGGAAACACUGGAAACAUAACUGUUCAGGAGGGUGAUGCUCUAAAUCUGACCUGCAUUGUUAAAAGUGUUCCUCCGUUUAACAUCACGUGGACUAAACCUGGCUCCAGUGAGACUCUGCAAGACAUAACCUCAUUCAUGCUGCAGAAUGGUCCUGGAAGAGCUACUCUUUUCAUCCCUAAUGUGACAGCAAAACAUUCUGGACAGUACAUCUGUACAGCAAAACACCUGAACAUAACUCAGACUAUACAUGCUAACAUAACUGUGAGAUUUCCUCCAAAGAUCCUAAAUGGUUCUGAAUGUGUGAGGCAGUCGGAGGUCCUGACCUGUGUGUGCAUCAGUGAGGGGGUUCCCUUACCCACCAUCAAAUGGCCGCUGUUGGAGAACCACGCUGAAUACUCCGUCCUUACAACUGUUAUAAACCACACAGUCAACAGUCGAGUCAGUUUUUCUGUGACAGCUCAUAGCAACACCACUGUAAUGUGUGUCAGCAACAGUGAAACAGGGGAAGCAAACAGGAACCUCACUGUCACAAGGGGCCAAGGUAGUCACUCUGAACCAAGUGCAGCUCUUUUGCCCGUUGCCGUUGUAUCUGUCAUUGUGAACGUCAUCUUCAUAAUCUGCAUUGUGUUUCUUUGGAACUCAAGGAAAAAGCUGAAACCAGAUCAAGAGGACAGAACGUACAUGUCAAUGCAGAAAAAGGACAGAUCACCAGAGUAUGAUGUUAUUGCCCACAGAUCAUCUGAUGUUAUAGCCCAGCGUCCAAACUAACAAGUCAGGCUCUACUCCACCAUCAUGAUACCAUCUUUCUUUUGAAGAUAUACCUGUUAAAUAAUUUCAAUAUGAGAGAGGUUUUAUAAACAUAGUAUUUAAAUGCUACUGUAAUUUAUAUCUUUCAUCGUACAGUAUGUUUUUUUUCCAAGCUUAACAUUUCACAGAUUUUUACUGAACCAGGAAAAUUCAACACAUCACACAACACCAUGCUCCCAUUGACACACCACACAUCUUCAUACCUGACAGAUUUCCAGUCACAGUAACCUAUUGAAAUUGGGAUUUAAGCUCUGUAUUGAUUUUAUAUCCAAUCUGCAGAUCUAAAAUCAUCAGAGUCAAAUUAUUCUAAAUUAUUCUUCCUGUCCGGACAUAGCCAGAGGGUGAGAAUGGGCCUACACACAUCCACGGCUCUUAGCCUCAGCACUGGUUCACCACAAGGCUGUGUGCUGAGCGCCCUGCUCUACACCCUGUACACCCACAACUGCACCCCCGCCCACCAUGGCAACACCACUGUAAAAUUUACUGAUGACAUCAUGGUGUUAGGGCUUAUCUCUGGGGAGGAUGAGACUGCCGACAAGGAUGAGGUGGAGAAGCUGAUAGUGUGGUGCAGAAAGAACAAUCUGCUCCUUAAUACGCCAAAGACUAAAGAAGUCAUUGUCGACUUCAGGAGGAAGAAAACCAGUGUACAUCACCGGGGACCGUGUGGAGAGGGUGCCGGCCUUCCGCUUUCUGAGAUUCCACAUUGAGGAGGAUCUGACCUGGGGCACGAAUACUUCUGGACUGCUUAAAAAGGCCCAGCAGAGACUG